CGCGAGGCGUUAGUUAUUGAUGGGGGAACCAGGGACAGGAGCUGGUGGGCUUGGGCGAGGUGGAGGGGAUUUGAUGGGAGGGGCGGGAGCGCGCAGGUGCCGGAGACGACGCCAUUGCUGGGCUGAGCGCUUUCCUACCGACGGUUGGAAGGAAGUCUAUCUUCGAGCGGUGCGGGUAUGGCGUCAUACCCCACCGUCUUUUUCUCUUCAUGUCUCGCUCUCAACCUUUCAACUCGCAGUGGACUUCGUCAACGCGGCCUUCACCCCGCCCUUCGCUCUUUUUUUCUCUCACCUCCGCAGGCAGAAAGCCUUUCACCGACCGCCUAGACCGGCCCCGCUCUUCUGCCUUCACCGCUCCUCCUAUAUAACCCCGCCAUCGCCUCCAAACCCUGUUCUCUCCACCACCCUCUACUUCCUUUUCCCAACUCUUUCGACUGCGCGCAGCAUGCCUUCGCCAGUCGACACAAACUCCUCCAUCACUUACACCCCACCGGGCUCCGACGAGCACACAUCCUCGCGCUCAAUGAAGGACAACAUCUUCGUCAAGGCCCCCGCUAACGUCGCUGUGAAGUGGAUUGCUAGGGACGUCGGCGCCCCGGCUACUCCGCCUGCUGCGGCUCACGACACGGAUAGCGGUCGCGAUGCGCCGAACCGAUUCAAGAAAGCUACUCGUACUGAGCCUGAUGCUGAGACCUGGGAGCAAGUCCUCGAAUCUUUCCGCGACCGUACCCACGCCGAAGCGCGACCGAGAUCCGAGGUGAAGGCAGAGAAGAGUCAGACCAACCGUGUGGUGAUUGACUCAACCUCCGGUCCCGAUGAUCAAGACACCUACCUCAAGAAGCGGGGGCAAACACUGCUGAAGUUACAGAAGGACAAUAUUACUCUUGAGGGAAAGCCUCAGCAUAUCCAGCCUCAGAUGGACAACAAGCGCUCGGAUAAGCCUUACUAUGUUCUCGGUCCCUGGCCCCAGUCAUCACCGACGAAGCAGGCGAAGAACGAUAGCGAGACGGAAGCAAAAGUCAAGAACUUGGACGCGUCUACUUGGAAAUCCUGGACCUCUCGCCUUCCCGGCGCCGUCUCCACGAACGAAGAAGCCAACUCCGGCUUCAAAUAUGCCCGCAUCCGUACUUAUAGUCCAUAUGAGACCGCUGUCAUGGGCACUGCGCCACAGGACCCAUUUCAAAACAAGGACCCUGAGUAUCAGAACGAAUUCGUGAAAUUUCUCGUGGAGCAGGCGAAGCUCCAUCCUGUCGACUCCUACCAUUCCCGCCCGACGCCCGCCGAUCAACCUGCCAUGGAUGCCUCUUGCGGAUGCGGACAUGAGGACUGCGGUGAUUGUGGACCUAUGCCCGGGCUGGAACCAAACAAUCCGGUAUGCCACGGCGGCUGGAGUGCCUGCGGGGAUUGCGCCCGCUGCAAGUGCGUCUGUAGAGGCUGGGGCUGCGAACUAUGCAUCGUCCUCGAAGAAGAGCCGGAAGAGAAGCAGAGCUGCGACGACGGCAGGUGUGGCCGUGAAAACUGUGAGCGCUGUGCUGCUGUUCGGCUCAUCUUUUCCGCUCCGGACAUCGUCUUCAUGCCGCCCGUCUGCAAAGUUCCUAAGACUACAGCCCCCUUGAAAGAUACCUUGCCACCCAUUGAAGUGCUAAAUCAGCCUCCUCCUGACAGCAAUGCUGAAGCAGCGCCCGCUCAACGCCAGUUUAGGAAAGCCAACGAUUACCCUGACGGCUAUGACCGAUGGGACCGCUACUGCCCGACCCAAGGAUUCGACGAGCAAGAGGAGCCUAAAACUGCUAGCGGCUGGGAUAACGGCAACGCCGGUGCUGGCAAGGAGAACGGGGGCGACGAGCAGCACAGCGUGCAGGUGUGUGUGAUCUGCAAGAGGCGUUUCCAUUUCGGCCCUCCAUUGACCUGCAAGGACAACUGUCCCGCCUGCGGACUCUCACUUGAUCGCAGCUGCAACGGCUGCAUGAACGAUGCGGAUGUUGAGCGCUUCGCUAGAGUGCGCAAUGGUUGGAUUGCCUCGCAGCUGCCAACGAUAGAGCAAGCCCUCCGUGUCCUUCAGCUGAGCACGCCGGUUUCCUUACAUACCGUCAAUAAGAGGCUUCGAGAACUCAUGGAAGACCAUCCGAGUUGCGCCACCGAGUAUGCGGAAGCGUAUGCCGUCGUUCUCAACUCCAAGCCCGGCGUCGAUGGUCCCAUCAUAUCGGACUGCGGUGAUAUGAGGGGCGGCAAUAAGGAUGAUGGGGGUAAUGAAGAGAUUGGCGUGCGUCUCGGCGGGGCUGGAAUGGAUGCUGAGGAUAUCGAAGCUUCUUCGUAUGACUGCGCGGCUAAUUGCUACUGCGAUCUUUGCCUCGGCGAGCGUGUGCAAGAGGAUAUCGGAGACGACGACCUCCCAGCACCAGGAAUGGGCGCACCACUCGAUGAGCAGGAGCCCGCGCUUCACGGUGAUAACCACCAGCGCGACGCAACCCAGCCCGAGCAAGACCCGCCCACCCCGAAACCCCUCACCGUCACCUACUGGGCCACCGUCGAAUCCGGCAACCACAUCAUCCACAUCCCGCUCGACGCGACCCACGUCUGCGGCCCCGAGAAGAAGAUCGUGAACACCGGCAUGCAGAAGGUGUGGAAGUGGGUGCAGGAGAAGGGGCUGGAGGAUAAGGUGGGGUUGCAGAAUGCGUUUGAUCUGGCCACGGAGAUGCAAAAGGAAGGUGUCAAGCACGAGGAAACCGAGGAGGUCCAGGGCAAGAAGGUCAAGGAUGAGAAUGUGAAAGCGGCAGCGGCUUAUUUCAACCCGUUCCGCAUCGCGUCUCCUCCGCCGUUCAGGUGGGGAGAUCUGGAGGUUCCGAGGUCUCGCGCUGGAACUGAGUCGACGUGGGGAAGCGAUGGCGGAUGGCGGGCGUGAGGUGGUUGUGCCCGGGCUGCUUGAUUGCCUGGGGAUCGGGAUUAGGGUCGUACAAGCGCGCAGAUGAGGAUGGUCUCAAGGGACGCCGGUGCUCGAUAACCAUAGUCCGGUUGCUUGACUUCUUCAUAUUGCAUUACUGGAGUCUAGGCUCUUUCCCCACGCUACUAACGGCUGGCUAUACAUGGAUAGCUUCUCCCGAAAGCAUCCUGGCAGGGUAGACUGCUUUACAUAGAAAAAUC